AACACCAUGACCAGUACAACUACCACUACCACCACUAAGCAAGAUGUGAUCUUCACUGAUCCAAAUAAUUUCGGCCUCCCAAAGAAGCCGACCAAGAAGGACCGGCACAGCAAGAUUUACACCGCGCAGGGGCUUAGAGAUCGCCGGGUGAGGCUCUCGAUCGACAUCGCCCGCGAGUUCUUCGACCUCCAUGACAUGCUAGGGUUUGACAAGGCCAGCAAGACCCUGGAAUGGCUUCUCACCAAGUCCAAGAAAGCCAUCAAAGAGCUCUCUAGGAGUAAGCUCAGAACCCAUGAUCAUCACGGCCAUGUUAUGACCAAGAGUACUGCUUUAUUGUCUUCCGCAGCUAACUCAGACCAGUGUGAAUUCAACGAAGUCGCUGCCGAGCACAAUGUUUCUCCAGAAGAUAAAGAUGAUCAUAAUAACCUAGAAGAAGAGGAAGAAGAAGAAGAAGAAGAAGAAGAAGAAGAAGAAGAA